GGGCUUGUCUUCAAACAGUACGUGAAGGGGAAGGCGCUUCCAAGAACCAUGAUGUCCCUGGGUGUCAGUAAAGGACGUGUCAUCCCACCCUCGGAUGAAGACCGCAGGAGGAUCAUUAAGCAGAUGAAGGUUCGCACCACACUGAAAGGAGACAAGAGCUGGAUCCACCACCAUAACUCGGAUUCCGAGGAUGAGAAGAGCAGCCCGCUGUCUUCCGCCUCCAAGCCUCAGUCCGGCUACCUCAUCAGAGGGGUGUUCACAAGAACCAUCGAUAAGACGUCUUCCGUGCCAUCCUCAUCUUCUAAAGAAGCACAAAAGAGAGCUCCGUACAACGUCAGGCAAAAAUCAGUGGACUUGGACGAGGAGGAUGUGCCUUUUACUCCAGAUGAACACAAGAAGAGGACAGAGGCGGCCAACAGCGUCCUGAGACGCACGGCCAGCAGGGAACGGGCUUACGUCCUCUCGGCCGCCAAGAAAAGCAACGGCAGCCCAACACAAGAAUUUCCACCUUUGUUUGCCAAGAGAAUUGAGAUAGAAGAAGAGGAAGGCCAGCAGAGGAGGAGUCCGACUGUGCCCGGUUCAUGCAGGUUUACCCCAGAUGACAACAGCACUAAUGGGCUAAGAAAACCCAGCACCGGGUCUUCCUGGAAUGAGCCGAAGACCGCAGCCGCGUCUCCCUCCAGCCCUGAAACAGGCAGUAAGAGCCAACCAACCACAUCCCUGAGUGACGCUUCAGAGACAGUCUCCACUUGUGCUGAAAUCAGAAAUGGUGAAGAGAGACAGGCCCCAAAUGGGAAAUCCUCAUCUAAAACUGUGCCACAGCAUGAUGAUGGUGAUAAACCUCCAAAGGAAGAGUCUGAGCCGUUCCUGUGGGAUGGACUGGCCCCCAGAGCAACCGUGGUUCCCACGAAUGGAAGUUACCCUGAACACACAGAAGCCAACAAUGGAUUUUACCCACAAAAGUAAUCCCACUCUGGUUGCAGGGACAGGCCCGCGGAUGCUGCCGACCAGCUGCACCGUCAGCACGAGACCUCCAGCUCCCUGGAUGCUGCAAAGUUGGAACCUGCAAGGUCAGGGCCCAGCGCUGGCACUCACAGUGCUGCUCACAGUGACAGGACUAAUUUGCAGUCUGAUGUCCCUUCUCCUCCUGACCGAGCCCCUGUGCACCUAGAGGACACAGAAUAUUCCUUUAAAGGAUCUGUCCUGGGCUACGAGGAGAGGAGCAGCACCCAAGAGAGCAGAUACACGAGUCCCUCCACCCCAGCACACAGCAAGCCGCACUGGAAUGAAGCAAUGUCUUCCCAAGAUUUCAGAGAGAACACCCCUAGAGGAAGGGGGCACGAGGGCGCGUGGGCCUCAGAUGACUCUAAACCAGGGCUGAUCCAGGAAGGGGUUUUGGACUCAAACAGCCAUACUGAGAAGGGACAAGAGCCUCCUGAUGUCCACCCAGAGCCUCCCAGGUCGAGGGAACAUAUGGAACAUGAACCCAUUGUGACUAGGUCCAGCUCCCUGCCCAGAGACGGCAGCAUCGCUGCUCCGGAGGCGGAACCUGCAGCUGAAGCUGAUCCGUGCCGGGAAAGGAUCACUCCAGCUUAUGAAGAACAAACCUGUCCCACCACUGACAGUCGCUGUGAGAGCCCAGGAGACUGGAGACACAGUGAGCCCUACNAAUUCUUCAGCAGGUCUAACUUUAGCUCAGAAGAGAGUGCCCUCGGUGCCUCUGAGACCCAGCGUCCCGCGUCGCUGUACGGGGACCGCCAGCCUUUCAGCGCCAGCGUGGUAGCACCCAGUCACAGGAUACCCUCCUAUGUAGACAGCCAGGUAUUCAGCACCCGAAGACCCACCCCAGAGUACGAAGGGCGAGUUUAUGAUGGAAGGAGCAGCCCCGGGAGCAGCAGAUAUGACAGGGGGCGCUGUGAAUUUAACCCUGCAGCCGGACGCCAUGACUCCCUUCUUAGAGAUACCACCAUGCCCAUUUCCCAGAGAAGCCACAGGGUGCCGUUCUACAUGGACAGCUUAAACUAUGACAGCACCAGGCUUCUCUCCAGUUCGAGCGAGAGGAUCUGCAGUCCGAUGGCCACCUUGCAGCACAACAGCCCAGUGGCCUCUGGGUGCCAGCCCGAUCCCAGCACUGCCGGGAAAGGGAUCCUCUUUGUGAAGGAGUACGUCAACAGCAGCGAGUUGUCAGCCUCCCCACGCUACGGCAGUGGUAGCCUUGCGGAUUUGGAGAGAGCGACCUACAGCCACCACAGCUUCCUGUCCAGCACUCCCCUGCCGAGGUCCAGCGAACCCGUUUGCAGUUACUGCAGCCGUGAGAUCCGAGACUGCCCUAAGAUCAUAAUAGAGCAUCUGAACAUCUGCUGCCACGAAUACUGUUUCAGGUGUGGAAUUUGCCACAAAGCCAUGGGAGAUCUCCUGGAUAAAAUCUUCAUCCACCGGGACAUUGUCCACUGUGACAAGUGCUACGAGAAACUCUUCUAG